AUGGCAUUUUUCGAUGAAUAUUAGAUUAAACCUAUCUUUGAAAUAAAGAAAAAUUUCAGAAAAGAAUCUUAUAAUUCUUCUUUAAAAAAUGAAUUAAAAUCAGCACUGCUUAAGAAGACAAACUAAAAAUUACCUAGCGUGAUUAAGGAGAAGUUGAUAACAGAUAUUAAUCAUCAAGGAAUACAAAGAGUGGUAGAAUAACCAUAGAGAAGCAAGGAGCAGUAGGAACAUCAAAAGAUAAAAUAUAGAGAUAAUUAUUCAAGUAAAACUGAGUAAAAUAAAUUUUAAGCUUAUGACAUUAAUAGUGGAAAUGGAUUAACAAAGGAUAGUGAGGAAUAUGAAAUACAAGAAGAAAAAUAUAAGAUAUAACGAAAAAUACAAGAAUAAAUAGAUGCUUAAAUGGAAGCCAUAAAGAAUCGAACAUGA